UCCUAAUGAUGUAUAUGACAUAUGAUACCAAAACAUGUAUUUUGGUUGGGCACGCCUUUGUGUUGUGUAAUGACACCACCAUUAGUGUGUCCCUGGGACAAAGCGGUUCAUUACAGUCAUUCUCGGUUUGCCAAGAGCGGAAACUUCUUGAAAACACUGCCAACUUUGUUUAAAUAAUGCAAGAAAGUAGUAGGCCGAGUCAGUUUUAUGAAGGCCGUCUCAAUCUUCUUCAGAGACUUGAGACAAGAUAUUAUGAGAGAAGCAAUGUGUUCGCUAAUCAUAGAGUGCCAGUCAUACAAGCUAACCAAGUGCCAAGACGAGCUCCAGCUUAUGUCCCGAAACAUAGUGUGACCAAUAGUUCUGAAAAUCUUCACAUCAACAAUGAAAAACGUCUUCGUGACAGAUGGUUACAAGCAAGAGAAGAUGCACAGCAGAGACAGGAACCUGUUGUCUACUUACCUUCCAUGCCCAAAGUGAUUAACAUGCAUGGACACACAACAAAAGGAAUUCCUUUUCAGAGGUAUGUGGACCUGAUAGUACAAAACAAAAAUUCUCAACAGCCUAUUCAGCCUGAAACAUUUGCAAAGCGUAAAGUAGCAAAGAAGGACCAGAAACCAACUGCUGUAAACAUCAGUGAGAUGCUUGUGGUGGGAGCCCAGAAAGAAGAUGAGUCUGUAAUAAAUGGGAGUGUGCAUUCAAUGAACAAACAUUUUAUCCUGCCAAAGCUAGCAAAACUUCCAGAUACAUUCAAUAAAGGUAAGAGUAGGAUGCUGCAGCAUAAAACUGAGUUGAGCAAAAUGGUCAAGUUUUCGGAAGCUGAAAGAAUACUUGGUGUUCAAUUAAAGAGACCAAGACUGGAGCAUGAAGACAGAAAAUUUGUUCAUGAAAUCACAAAAAAUGCUGAAAACCCUGAAAGUAGUGAAUAUAAAGAGAUAAAAAAGACAAACACACAUGAUGUGUUGCCACAAAUUGAAUUGGAUAAAACUGUUCCAGAUAAUGUUUCUACAGAAGUUGAAGAUGAUAAUGGAAGCAGAACCACGUCAAGAAGUACAUUUCGACUAAAGGAAUUGAAAAUGCCAGCUCCUGUGACCAAAAUCAUCUUUGAAAACCAACAGACUAUGCUUAAGCGAUUAGAAAAUGCAGCGAUAAAUAAAAAGAAUAGUGUUAAAAGAAAUCGAAGCAAUAAACCAGAAACCAUCGUACGAAAUGUUGUUCCAACUGCAUACAAAAGGGUAAAUGGAGUUAUUGGAUCAAGUAACAGCAAACUUACCAAACCACUGGGCAGCGUCGUGCUCAACAUGAGAAGUGACCUUAAAAACACAAAAUUUCCAGACUACAUAAACUUUCAAAAUAGUAGAACUGGUGGACAGUCUCGUAUACUUUUAUCUUUAAAACAUAAGCAGCAUGUUGCGAGUUUGUCAGAUGCACAUUUUAAUCCAUAUGGUGUUCCUGUUAGAAAUUCUGUCAUGUCCAUUAGAGGAGCAUCCAGCACAUCUUGGUUCGAAAAUGUUUCAGGCAACCCAGUUUAUCAAGGUCCUAAACCUACUCCUGUUGCCAAGUUUCGGAAACUGGGAAAUAUUCAAAUUUAUCUUAAUGAUUCAGAAUACUAAAUUGGCUCAAAUGAUUUUUUAUUCAACAGCCAUUUUUUACUUCUAAUGGUGAAUAUGAAUCCUCAUUGACAGUACAACUCGGUUACCAAUGGUAAUAGUAUUGAAUGUGCUAUAUAUGCAAUAUCACUAUAAUUUCAUACGCAAAAAGUCUUAAAAUAAUAGAAUAUGG